AUGGCCAAAAUACACUCCGUCUUGAACGUCAUACCGAUCAGCGGCACGCAGAUGCUACUCCUUGGGUGUUUUCUGUACGUUGUUGGACUUGUGACUUACAGACUGUUUUUCCAUCCCUUGAGAAAUAUUCCUGGGCCGUGGUACGCUGCAGCCACCGGCUGGUAUGAAUUCUACCAAGAUGUGAUUCUGGACGGUCACUUCGUGAAAGAAUACCCCGGCCUUCACUCUAAAUAUGGACCCGUGGUGCGAGUCUCUCCCAGUCGGGUGCAUGUCAGCGAUCCCAACUACUUCAGAGAGGUUUAUGGGAAAGGCACCAAAUAUCUUAAGGACCCAGACUUCUUCACGACUGCAGGGGGUAUCAAGUACUCCAUUAUCAUGUUGAUCGACCCUCAGCAGCACAAGCAACGACGAGAUACUGUGAAGUCUCUCUUUUCAUCCGGACAGAUGCAUCAAUUAGCUCCGGUGGUUCUCGACGUUGUCAAGAGGGCUAUGGAUAGAGCACAAAGGUCUUACGAGAGAGGUGUUCCGCUGAAUAUUCAAGCCUUGUAUCAGGCUAUCACUGUUGAUACCAUCAUGCCGGUUCUAUUCGACAGACAGAUGAACCUGGUAGAUUCCGACGAAGAGGAGCCCCCCUUCCUAGACGUCAUGGACAAAUUCGCAAACAACUUCCUCAUCACCAAGCACCUCCCCAUCCUGAACUGGCUCGCCGUGAAUAUGCCGAUGAGCUUAGCGGCCAAGUUGGUGCCAGGAUACGCGUCAUUCCGCAAGCAAUGCGCCGUGUGGAUUCAAGAAAUCGAAGACAAGCAAUCCAAAGGGAACAAAACCGCUUCGGACGGCCGCCUGACGUACUUCGACCUCCUCCUCGGCGCGGAGUCGUCAACGCUGCACGGCCUGGGCCGAGAUGUCUUCGUUGACGAGGCUUUUGCGCUCUGCUUUGCGGGCACUGAUUCCACAAGCUAUGGUCUUAGUCUCGGGACGUAUUAUUUGUUGAGGAAUCCCGACAAGUUGGGGAAGAUGCUCGAUGAGCUGAGAACGGUGGAGACCAAUGAGGACGGUCUUUCUGAAUACCGUGAUAUCCACAGCUUGCCCUAUUUGGCUGCUGUCUGCAAGGAGAUUCUCCGUCUGUCUUCGCCGGUCCCCGGCAUCUUCCCCCGAAGAGUCCCUUCUGGAGGCGCUCAUGUCGCCGGCCAUUUCAUCCCCGAAGGCUCGACUGUGUCUCAAGCCAUCAGAAUCAUCCAUCACAAUCCAGAUUUGUUCUAUGAGCCAGAGAAGUUCAUCCCAGAGCGUUGGCUGGGAUCGGAUGGAUGGGAGCUAGAGAAGUGGUUCGUCCCCUUCAGCAAAGGACCUCGCGCAUGCCUGGGGUUGAACAUCAGUUACCUCGAGAUGUAUCUUUGCAUCGCGAACUUCUUCAACCGCUUCGACAUGAGUCUCUAUCAAACAGACGAAACCACGACGCAGUGGAAGGAUAGUUCUGCGGCUCUGAUCUUGAAACAUGUCAAAGUCACCAUUGACUCGAUCAAGACAUAG